UUGAUGGAUGAAACUGGCAGGAUGCUGCAACACGGAGGAUCAGGUGUUGGUCUGAUGGGAGGAAACCAGGGCCAGGGGGCCCAAAAUACUGCCGGAUACGGUAGCAUGGGACCUGUAGAUGGAACUGCAACACAGGGACCGGAUCAGGCCGUCGAAGCUAGAAAACAGGACAUCAGUGAAAUUCUUCAACAAAUAAUGAAUAUCACUGAUCAGAGUUUGGAUGAGGCGCAAGCGAGGACACUUCAUACAAGAGUGGAAGAUCACUUCGUAACUCGCAUGGCAGUUUCGAUGGUUCCACAUACGAAUUCUAAACAAUCUGAGAAAUUCCUAGAAAGAGAUCCCUAUCUAGAUGAGAGAAGAGAGACUUAUUGUCUGCCCUGCGGGGUCGACCCCUGUGCCCAUUCGAAACUCGUAAACAUAAUUUUUAUGCGAUGUUUGGAUUACUUUUACGCGCGGAUCAAGAGACCACGAAACGUGCAAUUAUUUUUGGGAUGCGAGGGGUGGCUGGCUUGGCUCGAAAUGCCUUGGGGGAUGGGUAGGAACCGUGGAGACAGGGAUGAGACGGAGAAGGUGUGUGGGUCGACUACCCCAAAAGUAGUUUCUGCCUGGUCGUAUGAUGGGGGUGGUGGGGCCACCACGCCCCUCAUGCUAAGUCACCCUCUUUCACGUCGUUCCACU